AUGCCCGUUCUGGACCGGGAGCCCUCCAGAGACUCUGGGGGUGGAGAAGGUCUGCCAAAGCUGCCACUGCCAGCCCUGAAAGACACACUGGACACCUACCUGAGGUGCAUGAAGCACCUGCUCACCGAGGAACAGUUCAGCAAGACCCAAAACAUCGUGAGGCAGUUUGGAGCCCCUGGAGGCGUGGGGGAGCUACUGCAGGGGAAACUUAUGGAGAGAAGAGAGAACGAGGCAAACUGGGUGUAUGACUAUUGGCUGAAUGACAUGUACCUGAACAACAGACUGGCCUUACCUGUAAAUUCCAGCCCUGCAAUGGUCUUCCCUCAGCAGAACUUCAGAGCUCCCAUCGACUCAUUAAGGUUUGCUGCUCACUUAAUUUCAGGAGUUCUGGAGUACAAGAGUCUUCUUGAUGCUCGUGCCCUGCCUGUGGACUUUGCCCGGGGCCAGCUGGCUGGAACCCCCCUGUGCAUGGAGCAGUACUACCGGCUCUUCACAUCUUACCGCCUGCCGGGGCCUGAGAGAGACACACUGGUGGCCCAGGAGAGCAGCGUGAUGCCGGAACCUGAACACAUCAUCGUGGCCUGUAAAAACCAGUUCUUCGUGCUGGACGUGGUGAUCAACUUCCGGAGACUGAAUGAAAGAGACCUGCUGACUCAGCUGGAGAAGAUCGUCAAGAUGGCCGACAGCGAGGAAGAGCGGCUCCCACCUAUUGGCCUUCUCACUUCUGACGGACGGACACAGUGGGCUGAGUCCCGCUCUGUACUAAUGAGAGAGUCCACCAACAGGGACUCCUUGGACAUGAUUGAGCGCUGUCUGUGUCUGGUCUGUCUGGACGAUGCCACUGGUGCUGAGAUCAAUGACAGCAUGCGUGCCAUGCUGAUGCUGCACGGAGGGGGGGCGGCCAAGAAUGGAGGCAACCGCUGGUACGACAAACCCAUGCAGUUUGUUGUAGGAGCUGACGGCUGCUGCGGAGUGGUGUGUGAACACUCACCGUUUGAAGGAAUUGUGCUCGUGCAGUGCACGGAGUAUCUCCUCAAAUACAUGGUCGGCAGCCCUUCGAAGCUGGUGAGAGCUGCGAGUGUGAGCGAGCUGCCGGCGCCGCGCAGACUCCGCUGGAAAUGUAGUCCAGAGAUUCACAAGCUCCUCUCUGCAUCUGCAGACAAACUCCAGAGGCUGGUGAGGAAUCUGGACAUGAACGUCUACAAGUUCCACAACUACGGUAAAGACUUCAUCAAGAAGCAGAAAAUGAGCCCGGACGCCUACAUCCAAGUCGCACUCCAGUUAACCUACUACCGGUGUCACGGCAGAGCAGUGUCAACCUACGAGAGCGCGUCGAUUCGCCGAUUUCAGGAGGGCAGAGUGGAUAACAUCCGCUCAGCCACGCCUGAAGCGCUGGCGUUUGUCAGAGCGAUGACGGAUGGGAAAAUCCCCACAAGCGAUGCAGAAAAGAUGGAGAUGCUACGAGGUGCCAUAGCUGCACAGACAAAGUACACUGUUCUGGCUAUUACAGGGAUGGGAAUCGACAACCACCUACUUGGACUCCGGGAAAUUGCUCAUGAAAUGAAGAUGGAGAAGCCAGAAGUAUUUAAAGAUGAAGCUUAUCUCAUCAGUAAUCACUUCAUUCUCUCCACCAGUCAGGUCCCCACGACUGUCGAGAUGUUCUGCUGCUACGGCCCUGUGGUGCCGGACGGCUACGGCGCCUGCUACAACCCUCAGUCGGACCACAUCGUCUUCUGUGUGUCCAGUUUCCGGGAGAGCUCGCACACGUGUUCGGCGGAGUUUGUCAAGUGCUUGAUGCAGGGACUCCUGGACAUGAGGGAUCUGUGCCAGAAGUGCUCCAACUCCACCGAACACAGGAAGGGUCAGACACGGGAGACACACACACAAACUGAAACAAAGACCGCACACACACUGCCGCAGGUCCUGGUGAAGACUCCAGAGGAGGUCCAAACCCAGACUGCCUCUCAGGCAGAAGCCCAGGACCUGAACAGCAUGAGUAAAUCACAGCACCAGGGAAAAUAGUACAGGGAUUU